ACUCCCCUAACCUCACCACCGAACCCCCUAUCCCGGGAUUCUCGAUCUUUCCACCCCCCUCUGGCGGGCUGCGCAGGCGCACGAGGCCCGUUCAAGAUGGCCUCCUCCGUGUGGUGGCGGUGCCUCCGGCUCCAUCUCAGGCCCCGACCCGGCCACUUCCUCCACAGGAGCUGCUCGGCCAAAACCGCAUCGGCUCUGGACGGUACCGAAGAGUCAGAUUUAACUGAGAAAACUUCAACAAAGACAUUUUCUGAAUUGCAAGCAGAAAGGCACGAACAAGCAGAACGGACCAUUUUGAUCAGCUGUCCUCCUAAUAUCAAUGAAAAGAAAUUCUACAAGUCCAUAUCAAGCUAUGGGGCAAUCAAUAAAUAUUUCUUCUAUGAAACUUUUGGUAUUUAUGCUGUAGUGGAGUUUGCUGACAAGGACAGUAUAGGAAUGCUCAAAAGCUUUUCUCGUAUCCCAAACCUUCAGUAUGAAUGUGCCAUUCCAUUCAAAUCUCGUUUUUUCAGCUUGGUCAAUAACCAUCCUAGGGAUCUUUCUGCUGCACAGCCUUCGGUAUCAUGUCUUAAACAAUCUGUUAUCCCUCUCAAUGAACUUUUACGGAAGCUUUCUGGCACAGAAUGUAUAGAUGAGCAAUUAUACACAAUCUGCAAAGAAUACCAGCUUACAGAAGAGAAUACACGUCUUCGGUUCCUUGUGUGCUCCCUCGUGAAUGACAUUGCGGCUGCUUACUUUCCUGAAUGCUCAGUUAAACCAUUUGGAUCAUCCGUAAAUAAUUUUGGGAAGAUGGGCUGUGACUUAGACAUGUUUUUGGAUCUGGAUAGUAUCAGUGGAAGAAAUAACCCUAAGAAAAGAAGUGUCUUCUCCAUGGAAUAUCAAACAAAAAGAGUGGCAUCAGAAAGGGUGGCAACACAAAAUAUCCUUUCAGUGAUAGGCGAAUGCAUUGAUCAGUUUGCCCCAGGAUGUGUAGGAAUACAGAAGAUACUCAAUGCUCGUUGCCCAUUGGUACGGUUUUCCCAUCAACCAUCAGGAUUUCAGUGUGACCUCACUGCCAAUAAUAGAAUAGCUAUGCGAAGCACAGAACUCCUUUAUAUUUAUUCUAAUAUUGAUCCUCGCGUACGGGCUCUCGUGUUUGGUGUUCGGUGUUGGGCCCGUGUUCAAGGGAUUACCAGCAGUGUUCCUGGUUGCUGGAUCACUAACUUCUCUUUGACCAUGAUGGUUCUGUUCCUGCUGCAGAAAAGAAAUCCACCAAUUAUACCAACAUUAGACCAGCUCAGAGACCUAGCAGAAGCAGAAGAUGAAUGUAUCAUUGAGAGUCACGACUGCACGUUUGUUUCUAAUAACAAAAUAAAGCCUUCCCAAAAUACAGAAACACUGGAAGAACUUCUGCAAGAAUUCUUUGAAUUUUAUGGCAAUUUUGCUUUCAAUCAACUGUCCAUCAAUAUCAGAAAGGGGAAAGAGCAACAUAAACCUGAAGCCUCUCCACUUUACAUUCAGAACCCAUUUGAACAGGCGCUGAAUGUGAGCAAGAAUGUCAACCAAACCCAGCUGGAGAAGUUUGUGACUGCAGCAAGAGAGAGCGCGUGGCUAUUACAGCAGGAACGGCUAAAACAGCCAGUGUCCAAAACCAAGCCAUGGGGACUAGCAACCUUGCUGCAUCCUUCCACACAGUCCUCUGGAGGAAGGAGCAAAAAGCAGAGACAACCCGCUAGUGAGAGGAUUAGAAGUUUGUUGGAUUCACUUAAGACAAACGAACAGACUUCUGGCUUUUUAAAUGGUCCAAAUAGUAGGAGAAGACACAUCUGCACAGUUGCCUGGAGCAGCCCUUUAUAAAUAAAGUUAACUAAUGUCCGUAUAAAUGUUACUUCACCACCACAAGGACUAAGACUGCAACAAUCAAGACUGUACAAAUCCAGUUAUUUACAUGUGCUGCUAGAAUUGUUUAAUGAUGCAGUCAGUUAGCAGUAAGAGUUUAUUUGAUUUAAAUUUUUCAAACUUCAAGUCUGAAUCUGUUGCAAUGGAAAAUAAUACAUAAACUGGAUGAUGCUGUAGCUAAGUAGCUAAUAAUUUGAAGGCAAACAUUGAAAGAGUUGGAAUCAGCAGAUGACCUAAGCAACCAUUCCUACGUGCUUUCAUCCAGAUGAAAGGUACUGGUGUGUCCAGACUGUGUUUGAAAGCUUCUGAAUUGAAUGUAAAUUUAUAUUAGCAGCAACUACAUUUUAAAUAAACUACUGGAACAUCACGAAA